AUGGCAGCAGCCGGCAGACCGCCCUCAGGCUCUCAGAUCAAAUGCCAAGGCGUCUCCUUUGAUGGUAUUCCGCCACAAAGCGACGCCGUCUUGAUACCUUGUAACCCAACCUGUUUUGUCUUCAUCUUCUCCUUUCUCAAUUGCUCGUUUCAGUACGGUUUAUCGAGUUUGUCCAAGGACGAGCGGCUAUUUUGGCGUUCACAUACUAAAAAUUUAAUGCGGGAGAUUCUUGAGUCUUUAAAUAGUUCAUUCAAAUUGUCUUGUAAUAAUAUUUAAUAAAAUUUCUUACUGAAAUAGUCAGACAGUGCAUGGUAAGAACUUUUUUUCACCAACCUUACAAAAUUUCCCGAAAGAUUUUUUUGUUCACUGAGCAAAUUUUUACUUUAUUUAGUAUAAAACCGCUACAAAAUUCCAUACAAAGUCUUUUCUUGCUUUGAACAUUUUUCAAACCUCUAGUCCAUUUGAUGAAAAAUUUUAAUAAACCCUCUGUUAAGUUAUUGUUCUGUAUAGCCAGUUCGCCAUGAGUAAGGGGCGCAAAAAACUCUUGAGAAGCGAAGAUUCUUGUUUUUGCAUAGAAUGUUACUUAUCGUGCCAAUUACUAAAAAAUAUGCCUUGUUUUCUUCAAUGGCACAAAUCGGCGGUCUUCUCCCACGGCUCUCCUAUUUUUUAAUGGAUAUUUGGAUUGAUUGAAAUAGAUGAAGAUAGUUUUGACUCACUUUUAAAAAAUCGUUUUUUUUUCUUAUGUUUUCGAAACAGUUUUUUUGUACCCCAUUCAUCGCGAGCUUAAGAAAAGCAUAUCACAAAGAAACUUUCAGCUUUUUUUCUCAGCUGCAAAUCUUCUCUUUGUUUUGAUAUUGAUUACUCAGAGUAAAAAGACAAAAACAUAGUCUCUUUUUUUUCGAGUUUUGAAACAGACACCGUGCACUUCUCAUUUUUCCCACACACGGACGGAAUCUCGCCAAAUGAUGCUCGGCUGGACGCCGGCCGAAGGAUAACCUGCGGAGAGGCCGCUCCUCCCGCAGGCAGAUCACGCUUUGAUUGA